UCAAAAGCAGGAGUUGGGUGCAGGAGUGAAGGCCUCAGGCACCCCAAUAAACACCAGCACAGACCCACACCUGCGACCUUUUUCUCUCCCAGAGACGAGGUCUCGCUUGCAGCAGAGCUGGCCUCUCACCCUGGAAUCAGUGACCUUUCCACUUCCACGUCCAGUGGAGGAGCAGACGCCUCUGCACACAGGUCAGUCCUCGUUCUGUGUCACAGGUGGCCCCUCUCACUCCCUGGUCACAGGGCUUCCUUGUUAGUGAUGAGCUCCUGAGAGAAGCAUCUUCUCCAGCGCCUUUGACCCUCUGCUCCUCCUGGGAGCAGUGCACAGCCCCCGAAGCCCUCCUGCUCCCCACCUGUCUUUCUGGGUGUUUCUGUGCAAAUGUCACUUUGUCCCUGGUCUUCUGGGAAUAAUCAGCAAACACAGAACCCCACCAACUCUCCUUUCCAUCUGUUUUCACCACAUUUUCUACAAUUGGAUCUUGAAGCGUCCUGUAACCAACAUGCAUUACAGGGGUGAUCCCCACGGUAGAGCUACUGGGAGGUGGUACAGUGGGUGGAGAUGGGCUUCGGGAGAGGUCUUUAUACUCCUAGGGGGGCACAUCCUUGAAGGAGACUUCAGACCUGCAGCCCACUUUCCACUUUCUUUUCCCUCCUGCUCAUGAUGUGGUGUGGAUAUUCUCUCCCAUUCACUCCUGCUGAGAAUUCUGUGCUUCCCAGUGUUGUGGGGCCAGCGCGUCAUUCAAAACCCUAGCCAGCAUCAUCUUCUCUCUUUACAAGCUGACUGUUCCUGGGAAAAGGUCAGGAAAACAGCACUUAGCAUCAUCAGACAUAAGAGUUUUACAAAACUGUUUAUACCCCGUCUAUCAUUUUACUGUAGAGAUUUUGCUUUCCUUCAUUGUUUUUUUAACCUUCUCUUAUUUUGAAGGGAGUAAAAUACAACAGGAAAAGACAGAAUAAAGCCAAUUGAGACAAUGCAGUGAAAUUGUUCCACAACUUUAGAGCAGGAUACGGGGAUAACAGGAAUAGGUACCAUAGUAUAUCUCCUUAUCUUCACAAUAGUUGUUCUUUCAAUCAGGUACAACAAAAUCAUACCAAAUACAGAACAUUAUAAAACCUAUCAAAACAGAGUAUUGAAUAGAGCCAUGCAAUUAAUCAAAACAAAGCAAAACACUGAUAACAAUAUUUGCAUUCAAAGAGAUAAUAGAAGGAAAUCCCCCGUGUUUGCUGUAUUGCAUGUGGUCAACCUCCCAAGAGGUGCGCAGACCUCUGGCUCUUGUUUGCUAACCUGGCGGGGAUGUUUGAUUCUCAGCCCACACACCAGUAGGUUCACGGCUGCCUACCAGGGAGGCGAGCAGGUUCCUUUGUUUCCCAGCACCCUAAGUACCAACAUAGUGUGGAUCUUGGGAGACGCUGGCUGUUCUCUCCCUGGGGCAUGCACCUCUUGCUGGAGCCAUGGCUCCUUCAUUGUUCAUUGAUUUUCGACACAAUGCCUUGAACAUGGGCCAUUGUCAAUUUAUAUUCCUCAAACAUAUGUUUUUUUCAAUAAAUUCUUACAAUAUUGACACUUUGCUCAUGAGAUAGAACUUCUUAAUGAGACAUUAUACUGUAGCUGGAAUCUGCUAAAGGGUAAAAAUCUAUGCAAAACACAGAAAUUAUUUUCCUGACUCUAGGAGAUCUGGAUGGAAGUGUAGCUCAGUAGCAAGAGCCCCUAACUUGCAAGUGAGAGGCCCUGAGUUCUACCCACCUUAGUGCAAAAAGGCUAACAUUCAUGUCAGGUGAGUCAUGCAUCCUUUGGUAAUGCUGCUUUUCUCACUCCAUUCUUAUUUUGGAAGUUAUACCCAAAGCAUGGAACCAGGAAAUGUUACGUGGCCUUCAGAAUUUCUCCUUCUGGGACUCUCAGAGGACCCAGAGCUGCAGCCCCUCCUCUACGGGCUCUUCCUCUCCAUGUACCUGACCACGGUGCUCGGGAACCUGCUCAUCCUCCUGGCCAUCGUCUCCGACCCCCACCUGCACACGCCCAUGUACUUCUUCCUCUCCAACCUGUCCUCUGUGGAUGUGGGCUUCACCUCCACCACUGUGCCCAAGAUGCUGGUGAACACCCAGACCCACAGCCAGCUCAUUUCCUACGCAGGCUGCAUCACCCAGAUGUACUUUUGGAUGCUUUUUUCAGGGCUGGACAUCUUUCUGCUGACGGUGAUGGCCUAUGACCGCUACGUGGCCAUCUGCUACCCCCUGCACUACACGGUUAUCAUGCACCGCUGGCUCUGUUUGUUGUUGGUUCUAGCCUGCUGGAUCAUGGGUGUCCUGAUUUCCCUGUUACACACCCUCAUGGCUUUGCGUCUGUCCUUCUGCAGCCACUUGGAAAUCCCACACUUCUUCUGUGAACUGGAUCAGGUGGUCCACCGUGCCUGUUCUGACACCUUUCUCAAUGACAUGGCCAUAUAUGUUACUGCAGUGCUGCUGGCUAUCUGUCCCCUCGCUGGCAUCCUGUUCUCUUACUCUAAGAUAAUUUCCUCCAUACGUGCAGUUCCGUCAGCUCGGGGGAAGAACAAAGCGUUUUCCACCUGCACCUCUCACCUCUCGGUGGUCUCCCUGUUUUACUGCACGCUCCUGGGCGUGUACCUGAGUUCUGCUGUCACCCAAGACUGGCGCUCUACUGCAGUCCCCUCGCUGAUGUACACCGUGGUCACCCCCAUGCUGAACCCCUUCAUCUACAGUCUGAGGAACGAAGACAUCAAGAGAGCGCUGAGAGGACUUCUUGGGAGGGCAACGAGCAGAGGACCAGCUGGCCCACCUCGGUAGAAAUGCUUCUCAUUUCGGGCCUCAAAUUUUGGAGUCAGAAUUUUGAUCCUUUGAUCAGAUUGUGCAAGACGUUUUUCCCUUUACCGCCUGUAAUUUCCAUUUCUUUGAUGUAGUUCUCUAGAUAAUUUAAUUAAAUCACUUUAUUAAGUGUUCUCUUCUUUCUAGUGCCUUUUAUUACUCCCCCAAACUUGUUCCCCUUCUUGGAUCGGAAGUGUUUGGAAAUUCUCAUGUCUGCCCUGGAACAAAGCAGACUGCUUAUGAAAAAUUGUUAUACAAUAGCGUAUCAUGUUCAAUUUAUAUCUUUUGUGUUCUACAGCAACUUUGAAGGAUUUUGCUGUUAGUAGAGGACAAUUAUACUUGGCAAUUAAAGUCAGCUACAAAUUUGAAUAAAUUGAUUGAUUCCAUAUGACUUUAGAGUCUGGAAUGACCUCUAAUAUGACCAAUAAAUUUUUGA